AUGCCCCCUCAGUCCCCGACCGAUGCCCGAGAUUCGCCCGGCUCAUCCGCGAGCGGCGAAAAGAAACACAAAGGCAACAAUGGCUCUACCAGCAAGAAGCGCGGAUACAGCGAAAGCACAGGGCUCGCGAACGGAUCCAGUAGCCACGUCGUGCGACGUUCAAGCAUAAGCAAGCCCGGACGCGAUCAGCGCGACGAGCCCAUACUCAAGCACCAUAAGAAGCGGAAGCGCCGUCAGGCCGCCGAGGAUCGACCAAAAGACAAUGUGGACCAAGCCCAAGCCUCAUCCGAAGCAACAACAUCCUUAUCGCGACAAGAGAGUCCCGCCAUUGACUUCGAUGGCCUCAGCCGACCGAGUAUAGGUACGCGCCAGCGAUUAGAAGAAAGCGAAGAUGAGAGAGCCGCUCGACUUGAGCGUAUGAAAGGAGCUGUCAAAACGCUGCUUGAAUGUGUCGGCGAGGACCCAAACCGAGAGGGCCUUUUGGCCACGCCCGAACGAUAUGCUAAAGCCAUGAUGUUUUUCACUCAGGGCUAUGAACAAAACGUAUUCGACAUCGUUAAUGGCGCGAUUUUCCAAGAGGGACACAACGAGAUGGUUAUAGUAAAAAACAUUGAAGCUUUUGCUCUUUGUGAGCACCACUUAGUGCCUUUUACAGGCAAGAUACACAUUGGGUACAUUCCAAAUAAUGCCGUUAUUGGUAUUUCCAAGCUUCCGCGAAUCGCCGAUAUGUUUUCUCGCCGGCUGCAGAUUCAGGAGCGCCUUACUAAAGAAAUAGCGAAUGCUAUUUUCGACAUCCUGCAGCCUCAAGGAGUGGCCGUAGUUAUGGAGUCUAGUCACCUAUGCAUGGUUAUGCGCGGGGUGCAGAAGACGAGCAGCACAACCAUUACAAGCUGUAUGCUGGGCUGCUUUGAACGCAGAGAAAAGACUCGGAAUGAGUUUCUCAGCUUGAUUAAUGUUAAUCGCCUUUGA